AUGCUCCGCAAUGAUGAAGUCCAGAGGCAUACACUCCUGUCCGAGAUGAUUGCCAGGGCAUCCGGUUUCUCAGCGUGGCUUCUGCCGUCUUAUACGCGGCCCGGAGGCCAUCCUCCGUCAUGGCUUGCACCAAUUUGGCCAUCAGCCGCUCGUCGUCGUGUCAUCAAAAUGGUCGUUCUGGUAGCUCUCUUCUGCUUUGUUACAUGGGCACUAUGUACUCGCAUACCGCUGCAUCCCGUGCAGGGGACACAACAACUGCAACAGCCGGAACAGACACCACACCCUCACCCUCGGCCUGAAGACCCUUUCCCGCCCACGCACGCGACUGACUUUAGAAUUCAUGACCCGAGCAUCAUCCACGUCGAUGGCACGUACUACUCGUACAGUGUGGGCAAGCAUAUUCUCAUCCACCAGGCACCCAGUCUCGACGGGCCGUGGAAACGCACCGGCACCGUCCUCGACGCGGACAGCGUGAUCCCCAAGGGCGACCGGAAAGCCCCCUGGGCGCCGCAGACCAUCCGCCACGGCGACACGUACUACUGCUUCUACGCCGUCAGUAACUCCGGAUGCCGGGACAGUGCCAUUGGCGUCGCUACAUCCAAGUCCCCCGGUCCUGGCGGCUGGACGGACCACGGGCUACUCGUACAGUCCGGGACAGGAAAGGGCUCAGAUGAACACCCGUUUACUAGCUCCAAUACCAUCGAUCCGAGUGUGCUCGUUGGAGAAGACGGUCAAGGAUACCUGAUGUUCGGGAGCUUCUGGUCGGGUAUCUGGCAGGUACCGCUAGACGAAACCCUGCUUUCGGUGGCAGGCGAUGCGAGAUCCGAGGCACGACAGCUGGUGUACAUGGAGAAGGCGCCGCUGCCGGCGAGCAAGCACCCCAACCCGCUGUGCCGGGAGCCGUCGGGUGCCCGUCCCAUUGAGGGGAGUUUCCUCUCAUACCGUGAGCCAUGGUAUUAUCUCUGGUUCAGUUAUGGGAAGUGCUGCAAGUUCGAUACGAAGAAUCUGCCACCUCCGGGAAGGGAGUAA